CGGCUAACUGCUUAGGUCAUUGCUGGCACCACACAUAUGUUUCUCACAUUUUGAAAAAUUUGCACUUUGUACUGAUAACUUCAUUCUAAUUGGCUACUCAUCGGACCUUACGGUUUUUGUUGCAUUUUUCUUUGUAUCCCUCCACAUGUGGUAAAUUGAAGUAUUUGACCAUUUACAUACACACACAUUCAUAAUACACAUUUAUACUAAUAAACCUAUUUUCCUAAUAUUACAACUAAAGUGGAGGUCAGUAAGAUGGUUUUAAUCCUGCCAACUUCCUUUCAUUCUCGCGAAUAAAUACAUUCAAACGCAUUCGCUACUCAUUGAAAACUAGGACUGAUUUUAAAGGAACAAAACUAAACAAGGGGGAUUCUGAGGAAAGGGAAAUCAGUUAAGCCAUCAUGCGAUUAAAAAACAAAUCUGUGGAUCAAACAGGCUGAUUGUUGGGAAAGAUUCUUAAAAUGCCCGAAAACCGGGAUGAUGGAUCCCAUUUGGCUAUAAGUGUCGGUUUGAAAUUGAGUUGUAUUUCAUUUUGCCAGACAGAUAAUUCAGAAUCAAAGGGACAAAACACUGACGCCAAAGAUGAAAAAAGGCCAAGGAUUGUUUCUAAACUCUGUUCGACCGAGACGCUUGAUUCAACAUUGCAUUCAUUGCAGGAAAACCAAGAGAUUGUACCCAAUACAAUUUUUUUAACAGGAACAGAUUCAGAAAAAUGGUCCAAGAAUACUCAAAUUACUUUGAAAACAAAAUUUCAUGUUGAUCAGGAGAUUAUGCAGUUUAUAGCAUUGGGAUGUGGCUUUGUACUGAAAAAUAUUAAUGAUGAAGCUUUUCAGUUAAAUCUAGAAACUCACCCUUUAAACUUUGUCUCAAAUGCAUACAAAUUUUUUCCAUGCGUUCUUAUAAAUAAAAACGAAUUCAUUGAUUUUAUCAAGAUGUCCACAGACAAAGAGUUUCAGUUUUUAGGCAAAUCUUGUUUCAAUUUACAGCAAAUGCUGUUAAUAAGCAAAGGAUUGACUGGCACAAAGGAUCUUGAAAGUUUCAUGGUUGUUCUGAAAUCAUCACCGAUAUACAGUCAAAUUACUAAAUGUAGCGAAGAUACAUUUAUGAAAACUAUGGCAGAAGUUGAAGGGUUAAUUUUUUCUGAAAAUGAAUUAUUAGAGAAAUCUCAUUUAGCGUGGUACUUAUUCUGGUUAUGGUGCAGCAACAUCUGUCAACUUGCAUCUUUGCACUGCCAAAACAACAAAACUAAAAAUGUGAUUCUUGGUGAAGGCUGGGAUAUAAAUGCAGAUUAUUUGUCUAUUUUAAAUCUCAUUUUUAAAUACUGUACGGGCGGCAGAUUGAAGAUGAUUUUUCUCAGGCAUUCUGCAUUUUUAUCAUCAAUUGGAGUAUUACUAAGCAAAGUAAAACAUGAAGAUUUUCAGCUUUCCUGGAGGGAAAAUUAUUUUUUAAGUUCUGGCUACAACAGAGAAUUUCAAUCCACGGGUCAACAGACACUUGCUCUUGAUUCAGUAGCGGCAAAAUUGGUGCCUUGUCCUUUACUUAUAGAUCCUUCGACUUACAACCCUUUACUACAAAAUUUAUACAUCGAUGAUGAAUCUAGGGAAUACUGGAUUCAAUGUAUAAUUCAGAAUAUCAGAUCGAAAGGCAACAACAGACUCUCUGCAGAGUCCUGCUCACCGAUGCAAAUAGCGUUUUACAAAUUCCAAGAUAUGGCAGUUGAAAAAUUACAACAUCUUAUGCAAUACCCAUAUUCAUUUGGAAACCUUUCAAUGAUGAUAUUGCAAAAUAUGUUGGACGAUUGCAAGUACGAGCUGGAACUAUUUGACACAUACUCAAAGGUAAAGAGAGAAGAGGCGAAUUUGGCAGUUCAGAUUUUUGAAAGGCACAUAAAAUUUCUGGACCGGCUCAACUUCAGAGACAGGCAGUUGGAAAUAGCUUUGUCCAUCUUGGCUGGAAACAUGUUUGACUACGGCUCUAAGGAAGUGUUCGAGCUGUUGAAUUCAGGCCAUUUUGGCUUUAAAGAGGCAAUAAAAAAACUUCCACUCCGACCGUGGCUCAUUGACAAUCUUGAUGCUUGGAUUGAACAGAUAGAGGAAAAACCAUACAAGCUUGCCGCUGUUUUUGUCGAUAAUUUUGGUUUUGACUUAGUACUUGGAGUUUUCCCUUUCAUAAGAGAGCUGCUCAAGAAUGGAACAAAAGUACUGUUAUGUGCAAAUAAAUAUCCUGUAAUUAACGAUGUAACCUCAGAGGAACUUGAUUCAGCUUUAAAAUCUGUUUCUACUGCUUGUUCAUAUAUAGAAGAGGCUUAUUCAAAUAAAGACAUUAAAAUUGUGGAAGUGCCCAAUAGCAGCUGCUGUCUUGAUUUUCGGUAUGUGAGUGAAGAGUUUGCGGAAUUUUGUUCUGAUGUUGAUUUAUUGGUCAUCGAAGGUAUGGGCAGAGCGAUCCACACAAAUUUAGAUGCUGAAUUCAAUGUCGAUUGCCUCAGAAUGGCGGUAAUAAAAAAUCACUGGCUCUCAAAAAAGCUGGGUGGCAUUGAUUUCUCGCCUGUGUUUAAAUUUUCCACUUAUGUAUGUGAGACUCAUUUAUAAUUUGUAAUAAAUUGCAUGGUGAUUAGUAAAAAUUGCCUAAUUA